CGAUCGCCGCCGUACAUGUGAUCCUAGCUCCGGAGAUGUAUAGCAAUUUCAAGGAGCAGGCCAUAGAGUACGUGAAGCAAGCCGUCCACGAAGACAACAAUGGCAACUACGCCAAGGCCUUCCCUUUGUACAGGAACGCUCUCGAGUGCUUCAAGACUCACCUCAAGUACGAGAAGAACCCUAAGAUCAAAGAGGCCAUCACUCAGAAAUUCACCGAGUACUUGCGCUGCUCAGAGGAGAUUCGCGCCGUUUUGGACGAUGGUGGCCCCGGCCCGGCCAGCAACGGCGACGCGGCGGUCGCGACUAGGCCCAAGACCAAGCCCAAGGACGGCGAGGGCGGUGACGGGGAGGAUCCCGAGCAGACGAAGCUCCGGGCGGUCGCGACUAGGCCCAAGACCAAGCCCAAGGACGGCGAGGGCGGCGACGGGGAGGAUCCCGAGCAGACGAAGCUCCGGGCCGGGCUUAACUCGGCGAUUAUUAGGGAGAAGCCUAAUGUUAAGUGGAAUGAUGUCGCCGGGCUUGAGAGCGCCAAGCAGGCUUUGCAGGAGGCGGUGAUACUGCCGGUGAAGUUCCCCCAGUUCUUUACUGGCAAGAGACGACCAUGGAGAGCUUUUCUAUUGUAUGGUCCUCCUGGGACUGGAAAGUCAUACUUGGCCAAGGCUGUGGCAACUGAAGCUGACUCGACAUUUUACAGUAUUUCCUCUUCAGACCUGGUUUCGAAGUGGAUGGGUGAGAGUGAGAAGCUAGUUUCAAACCUUUUCCAAAUGGCUCGAGAUAGUGCCCCUUCCAUCAUCUUCGUUGAUGAAAUAGAUUCCCUAUGUGGGCAGCGUGGAGAAGGCAAUGAGAGUGAAGCUUCUAGACGAAUCAAGACGGAACUUCUUGUGCAGAUGCAGGGUGUGGGAACCACUGACCAAAAAGUUCUUGUUCUCGCUGCGACAAAUACGCCGUAUGCAUUAGACCAGGCCAUUCGAAGACGUUUUGACAAGCGUAUAUACAUUCCUCUUCCAGAUGUUGAGGCUCGACAGCAUAUGUUCAAAGUCCACUUGGGAGAUACUCCUAGCAACUUGACAGAAAGUGAUUUUGAAAGCUUAGCUCGCAAAACUGAGGGAUUUUCGGGUUCUGAUGUAGCUGUUUGUGUCAAGGAUGUUCUCUUUGAACCAGUACGCAAGACUCAAGAUGCCAUGUUCUUUUACAAGAAUUCCGAUAAUAUGUUCAUACCUUGUGGACCAAAGCAACCGGGUGCUGUCCAAAUCACCAUGCAGGAGUUGGCAGCUCAAGGACUAGCUUCACAGAUCCUUCCACCUCCUAUCACAAAAACAGAUUUUGAUAAGGUACUUGCCAGACAGAGGCCUACUGUGAGCAAAGGUGAUCUUGAAGUCCAUGAAAGGUUCACGAAAGAAUUUGGAGAGGAAGGGUACUUGCCAGACAGAGGCCUUCAGUGCAAUUGCCGUGAUUUGUAUGUAUUAGUGUUGGAUCUAAUGGACAAUAUACUCUCUACAUUAGUUUCUUCAAUGAGGAAGGAUUGGAUGUGCCCCUGUUACCCCUGCUCCCUGGAUAUAUCUAGACUCCUGACUCUUGAGUCAUACACAGCUGCUAUCUUUUUCUCUGGGCAAAAUAUGACCCACUCCAUAAUGGGUAUGGUGACCCUUAAAAUCUUCUACGCCCCUUUACCAUUUCUUCAAGGGACUGACUAUGAUUUGUUCCUCCCUCCAUUUCAGCCUUCUAGUCCCCCUUAUUCCUUCUAAUAGCGGCAUUAUGUUAUAGGAUUGGCCCUUAAAUGUUACAAAUAUUGAGCUUUGCAUAUAAGCUGGCUACUUGUAAUCCUCUAGCUGUGUUUUUAGUUUUUAUAGUUUGUGUAUCAAUGUUUCUAAGUGGUCUUGUAGUGACAUUUGUUGGACAUAAUCUCUAGGCCGUCUUGUGUGUUGGAUCUAACUGUUAUUAUUAGUUGAGCUUGUUCAAGCAGAUACCUGCACUGUUCUAGAUAGAAGUAUACACUGGUGUGGUCUUCUAACAGAUGGGGAUAUCUAAAACAAAAGCAAGUACUAUUGUCCAAAGCUGACCGAGUCUUUGGCCUUCUGGUUCAUAUAUUUGAAUAUAAUUCAGAGAAGCAACAAAAGCCGGCUCUGAGAUCUGUUCCGAGUGUUACGAACAUACUUUACAGAAAGAACCAUAGA